AUGAUGAGCCCGAACCCCAACAUCAAGGCCAUCAUCUUUGACAUUGGCGGCGUCGUCGUCGGCAGCCCGCUCUUUGCCAUCAACGCAUACGAAAAGGACCACGGUCUGCCCUUUCAGUACCUCAACGUGGCCAUCACUGCGCAGGGCCACGGCGGUGCUUUCCAGCGUUUCGAGAGGAACGAGCUCGACCUGUACUCCUUCUACCGCCAGUUCGGCCACGAGCUCAGCAACGUCGAGGCCAACAACCGCCACUAUACCGCAUUCUGCAAGGCAAGGGGAAUGGAUGUCCCGGCGCUACCAAAGGAGCUCAAGAUCGAUGGAAGAGACCUCUUUGGCCAGAUGAUGCGACGCUCGCUCCAGGUCGACCCCAAGAUGUCGCACGCCAUCCAGAAGCUUCGCGCGACGGGGCGGUACAAGAUCGCCGCACUGACCAACAACUUUGCGCCACCCACCGCGCCCUCGACCCCGGCAGGUGAGCGUGGGGCAUCGGGCCCGGCACCGUCGCUCGAAGAGGAGCUCGACCACCUCGGCCUCGGCGCCAAGCAGGACGGCGUCAAGAACCUCUUUGACGAGUACAUCGAGAGCGCAAAAGUCGGCAUGCGCAAACCCGACCCCAACUUCUACCGGUACGCCCUCGAUCUCUUAAAGGUCGAGCCGAGCCAGACCGUCUUCCUCGACGACAUCGGCCACAACCUCAAGGCGGCAAAGGAUCUCGGCAUCUUUACCAUCCGCGUCAACUCAAAGGACUCCACCGACGCCCUCCGCCAGCUGUCCAAGGUCACUGGGCUCGAACUCCUUCCCGACCGCCAGGGCGCCAAGCUCUAG